AUGGACACCAUUCGCAAAAUCUUCGCAGCAAAACCCAAAGCGGACCCCUUCGCGGUCCUAAACUACGACUGCGCCAGCAUAGUCCUCGAGCACUUAGGUCUCUGGGACCUAGGUAAUGCGCAGCACGUGAGUAGCGCGUGGAACGAGCUUGUGCAGGACUGGAUAGCCAGCGAAGGCCUGCACCAGCACUUCCCCGAGGCGUGGAGCAAAGAGGCUGCGAAGCCUGGUUGGAACCGUAGGGGCAGGACCCCGCAGCAGCGCCAGGAAAUAGUUCGCCUGUUCAACAAAUUGGCAAUCAAGAAAGUUGCCGACGAAGCCUGGAAAGCCGGGCAACCUGCCUGGGUGACGGAAUGCAUCGGUGACGGCCAGGAUACCUACGCGCAUGGUGGUCCGACUGCAGCAGGCGACUAUCUGGCCUGGGCAGACGGCGAGUCAGUCUUCUGGAAGCGCGCGGGCUACCGACUGGAUGAGAACGGGAUACGUGCUCCGUAUCCAGCUGGCAAGGUGGACGUUAAACUUGAUCCCAAGUCAAGUGUCGAACCUUUUUUGAGGCUCCAUGCCCGUGGAUUCCUGUAUCUGUCCCACUAUACUGAUGAAGACACCGAUCACCCGAGACUUUGGAUACGCAUGUUCGAGCUCGAGACGGAAAAGGAGCUCUGGUGCAAGCGCUUGAAGCCACACUCACAGCCGUGGUUCAACAACACCUUCGGCCUCGUCGCAAUGGGCUGGGACAGGAUGUACUGCUACAGCAGCAGCGGCAAAGACCUGCAAGUGCAUGACCUCCGUACCUGCGCCUUGUUGUACAAACUGCGCUCUUUCACACCGCACCACCUGGCACAUGGCAAUGGAUCUGCGCGGGUUUGGCGCCUGAGAGGCCGUGACAUCCUCGUCCUAGUAACUGCCGAGAUCAACGUCCGAAUCAUCGACGCAGAGGACGGGCGCGCCAUCCAGACCAUACGUGUCGCCGGGGAGCACCGGCCCCGGAUCGUCGUGUCGAACCGGCCGGGCGAACUGGCGUUCGCCAUACUCGGCCGUGCUUCCAAUGCCUUGGGCCAGAUAACUGAUAUUCCCACCAGCAGACCCUUCCAGUAUAACAGUGCAACUGGCAAGUUCGUGGAAGGCGCCACGCAACGCCUCAACUUCUCCGCACUGUCGAUAGCCGGCUCCCAUGAAACCGUAAGCUAUGACCCAUUCAGGGGCAUUGCGGCUGUUGUAUCUCCGCAUAAGGCUGCUAUUCGCCUUAUUCGCUUUGCUCCGCUAGGAUCCCCCGGAGCCGACUCGCCGGUCGUUUAUGCGACUCGGCCUGUGUCUUUCAAAAAGGGGCAGGCUGAGAUCCUUCGCCGUUCCAUAGGGCAACCCUAUGUGAGCAUGGCCAGUGUCGACCACGGCGUGGGUGGUCUCAACUUCGGUGGUGGGAUCAAGUUCGGCGCGAGCGGUAAUCGGCUUUACGUGUUCUGCGUGGGCGAUUUCAGUGGAAAGUGUGGGCCGAAGAAGGACCCGGUGUGCGUGUUGGAAUUUGGACCACGCGGUGCCUGUGAUUGGCCGUUGCAAUCUGGCGAUGAAGACUCCUUGCAUGCCCCGGACCGUGUGGACUGA